AUGGAACUUUUCGGUAAUAGAUCCUUCAAUCUGAUGAGGUGUGGGUGGCUAGGUAGAUUAUGGAGGCUGUCAGGUGUAGGUGGAGAGGGAUCCUCACUCAGAGUCGAUAUGUGUGGAGGUGGCUCGGGCCACGAGGUGUUCCGAUUAGUGGCUAGAUUGGAGGAGGCGUCGCUCCGACAGAAGACUAAGUUGCAGUGGUUUAUCUACGGUUACGAAUUCUGGGAGGACUCACUAACAGUGCAUGAUAAGGUUGCAGGGGUGGCGGUUGAGUUCUUUCGAGGUAUUUUGGGGUCUCAGCCUAUGAGGUAUAAGGAUCUUACUGUCCAGUUUGGGGAUAUUGUGCAGUUCAACUGGUCCGAGAAGGGGGUGGAGGCGCUGGGUCGUCCAGUGAGUCGGGAUGAGAUUCAGAAGGCUUUAUUCUCGAUGAAGUCUGGAAAGGCUACUAGGCCUGAUGAGUUUUCAAUGUAUUUUUACAGAGCUGCUUGGAGUUUGGUUGGGGAUGAUUUCUGUGAUACUGAGCUUGUGGAGGGCUAUAAGGAGAGUAGAGAGAAUCCACGUUGUGUGUUGAAGGUAAACCUUCAGAAGGCGUACGAUUUGGUCAAUUGGGAUUUUCUGUUUGGUGUGUUACUGGCUAUAGAUUUUCCCCUUCAGUUUGUUAGUUGGGUGACGGCUUGUGUUACGUCACCUAUGUUCUCUGUGAUGAUUAAUAGUUCCCUUGAGGGAUUUUUUCCUGGUAGGAAAGGGUUCCAGGAUCAAUGUGAGCAUAUCGGCCUAACUCAUUUGGUUUUUGCAGACGAUUUGAUGAUUUUUUGUGCAGCUGAGAGAGAUUCUUUGGAGUUUGUGAGGCAGGUCCUGACGGAUUUUGUAGGGCUAUCUGGGUUUGUUUCAAAAUUUGGGAAGAGUUCUAUGUUUGUUGCGAGUGUGGAGCCUGAUGAGGCGGAGGAACUAGUUGUGUUUAUGGGAUUCUCUCUUGGUUCGUUGCCUAUUACAUAUCUGGGGUUACUGUUAUUAGUUGGUCGAUUGAGGGUUGUGGAUUGUAUGCCUUUAAUAUAG